UCCCUUCCCAGCCUGUACCCUGUCACGGUGGACGGCGUUCACCAGAAGCUAGAUCGUGUUUUCCUUCCCGGUGGAAUCCGAAACCAUCCGUCAAAAUGGUGAACUUCACGGUAGACCAAAUCCGUGGCAUCAUGGACAAAAAGUCUAACAUCCGCAACAUGUCUGUGAUCGCGCACGUGGACCACGGGAAGUCCACUCUGACGGACUCGCUGGUUUCUAAGGCUGGCAUCAUCGCAUCCGCCCGUGCUGGUGAGACUCGCUUCACUGACACCAGGAAGGAUGAGCAGGAGCGCUGCAUCACCAUCAAGUCAACUGCCAUCUCCAUGUUCUAUGAGCUCAGCGAAAAUGAUUUGGCCUUCAUCAAGCAGUGCAAGGACGGGUCGGGCUUCUUAAUCAACUUGAUCGACUCGCCAGGCCACGUUGACUUCUCCUCUGAGGUCACGGCUGCCCUGCGUGUCACAGACGGUGCUUUGGUCGUUGUGGACUGCGUGUCUGGUGUCUGCGUGCAGACUGAGACUGUGCUGAGACAGGCUAUUGCGGAAAGGAUCAAGCCGGUUCUGAUGAUGAACAAGAUGGACCGUGCCCUGCUGGAGCUACAGCUAGAGCCAGAAGAGCUGUACCAGACGUUCCAGCGCAUCGUGGAGAAUGUCAACGUCAUCAUCUCCACCUAUGGGGAAGAUGAGGGUGGCCCCAUGGGUAAUAUCAUGGUCGAUCCAGUCAUCGGUACUGUGGGGUUUGGGUCGGGGCUCCACGGCUGGGCCUUCACCCUGAAGCAGUUCGCCGAGAUGUAUGUGGCCAAAUUUGCUGCUAAGGGUGAUGCUCAGCUGGGACCGGCUGAACGCUGUAAGAAGGUGGAGGAGAUGAUGAAGAAGCUGUGGGGAGAUCGCUACUUUGAUCCAGCUUCGGGCAAAUUCAGCAAGACUCCAACUGGACCUGAUGGGAAGAAGCUCCCACGUACUUUUGCUCAGCUCAUCCUAGACCCUAUCUUCAAGGUAUUUGACGCCAUCAUGAACUUCAGGAAGGAGGAGACUGCUAAGCUCAUCGAGAAACUUGACAUCAAGCUGGACACUGAGGACAAGGACAAGGAAGGGAAACCUCUGCUGAAGGCCGUCAUGCGACGCUGGCUUCCCGCUGGCGAUGCCCUGCUUCAGAUGAUCACCAUCCACCUACCAUCUCCCGUCACCGCCCAGAGAUACCGCUGUGAGCUGCUCUAUGAGGGACCAGGAGACGAUGAAGCUGCUAUGGGGAUCAAGAACUGCGAUCCCAAAGCCCCAUUGAUGAUGUACAUCUCCAAGAUGGUACCGACCACUGACAAAGGCCGCUUCUAUGCCUUCGGCCGCGUGUUCUCUGGGUGUGUUUCGACUGGCCUGAAAGUGCGUAUUAUGGGACCAAACUUUGCCCCUGGCAAAAAGGAGGACCUCUACAUCAAACCUAUCCAGAGAACUAUUCUGAUGAUGGGACGCUACGUGGAGCCCAUUGAGGAUGUACCAUGCGGGAACAUUGUCGGUCUGGUUGGCGUGGACCAAUUCCUAGUAAAGACUGGGACCAUUACCACCUUCGAACAUGCCCAUAACAUGAGGGUGAUGAAGUUCAGCGUGAGCCCUGUGGUGAGGGUGGCUGUUGAGGCCAAGAACCCAGCGGACCUGCCCAAGCUGGUGGAGGGCCUGAAGCGUCUGGCCAAAUCGGACCCCAUGGUGCAGUGCAUCAUCGAGGAGUCCGGCGAGCACAUUAUCGCCGGAGCUGGGGAGCUGCACCUGGAGAUCUGCCUCAAAGAUCUGGAGGAGGACCAUGCCUGCAUUCCACUGAAGAAAUCCGACCCGGUGGUGUCCUACAGAGAGACUGUAUCUGAGGAGUCCGACCAGAUGUGCCUGUCCAAAUCGCCCAACAAGCACAAUCGUCUGUACAUGCGUGCCCGGCCCUUCCCCGAUGGCCUGGCCGAGGACAUUGACAAGGGGGAUGUCGCUGCCAGGCAGGAGCUGAAGGUCCGGGCUCGCUAUCUGGCUGAAAAGUAUGAGUGGGAGGUCACAGAAGCCCGGAAGAUCUGGUGCUUUGGACCCGAUGGAACCGGGCCCAACGUAUUGGUCGACGUUACCAAGGGUGUGCAGUACCUGAACGAGAUCAAAGACAGCGUGGUGGCCGGGUUCCAGUGGGCAACUAAGGAGGGGGCCUUGUGCGAAGAGAACCUGCGUGCAGUCCGGUUUGACAUCCACGACGUGACGCUGCACGCAGACGCAAUCCAUCGUGGAGGUGGCCAGAUCAUCCCGACUGCCCGUAGAGUGCUGUAUGCUUGUCAGCUCACUGCGAAGCCCAGGCUGAUGGAGCCGGUCUACCUGGUCGAGAUCCAGUGCCCAGAGCAGGUUGUGGGAGGCAUCUACGGUGUGCUGAACAGGAAGCGUGGUCACGUGUUCGAGGAGUCCCAAGUCAUGGGCACGCCCAUGUUUGUCGUCAAGGCUUUCCUGCCCGUUAACGAAUCAUUUGGCUUCACCGCUGACCUCCGCUCCAACACCGGUGGCCAGGCCUUCCCCCAGUGCGUGUUUGACCACUGGCAGAUUCUCCAGGGAGACCCCUUCGAGGCCAACUCCAGGCCCGCCCAGGUCAUCGGCGAGACACGCAAACGCAAGGGGCUCAAGGAGGGCAUCCCCGCCCUCGACAAUUUCCUGGACAAGUUGUAGAAGUCACCUUGCGCGCCCCAACCCCUUUGCCAGAGGAGGACGGUACUGUACAGGAUAUCUCGAGCACUUAUAAUUACUGCCAAAUUAAAGUGGAAGCAAAUUUUAAAUCUUUAUUAUACUCUUUAAUAAUAGAUGUAAAUUAAGUGGUUUGGCGCCUCCAUUUGAGGAAUAUCCUGUGCUCAGUUUAAAAGCAUUUAAGUGAGAGAUGGAUUAUACAACGUUGCACAUCGUUAUGUAUUAUAUUCUUAGCCCCGUUUACGGCACAACGGGACACUGGUGUAAGCGUCUGCUAACGAUUUAGGCCACAACUCUUGUACUAUAACUUCGGAAUGGGGUAUGCCAGUGUUCUACGUUAGCGUCUGGGAAUCAGGGUGGCUCUUUGUUACUGCCGUGGUUCACGUGGCAGUUCUGGUGGCGAGCCUUUGACGUGCACUAAAGGUAUUCGUGCAUGUCCUUUAAAUGUUGAUGAAAUGUGUUUAUUCACGAGAUGGAUAAAUGCCAUGCAGUGGUAAUACCAUUUGGUCACUUUUAAGAAGUCAUAUUUUUAAAUAUCCCUCCAUAUGUACAGAUGGAUAGGGAACCCACACAAAUUAUCACAGUGAUUACUUACAGCACUUAUUUGUUAUUGUAAUAUUGAAGACUUGAAAAAUGGAACGGUUUGGCAUGGUGAUGCUAAAAUACAUCUAAUAACCUGGCCGGUAAACUUGGUUUAUAUUUCCACUACAUCCUGGUGCAUUAAUGAAUGCUAUAGCUGUGUUGGUUUCCUAGGAAUAAAUGUUUCGAUUUA